AUGUUAGUAACGAAACUUGAAUCACUCUCGAAUGAAAUAUUGAUUGAUCUUAUAGAAAAUUAUAUUAAUGGAGUUGAUAUAUUUAUUUCAUUGAUUAAUCAAUUAAAUAAUCGUUUUGAUGAUCUAAUUAAUCGAUGUAAACGAUUUUAUUCCGAUUUUACUGGUAUUAGAAAGUCAGAGUUUAGUUUUUGUAUGAAACUUCUAUCGAAUAAUCAUAAUAUGAUAACAAGUUUAACUUUAUCUGAACGUGAUACACCUGGUCAAAUUCAUUCAUUUCUAUGUUCAUUUCGAUCAUUUGAGCAAUUCAAACAACUUCGUCGACUUCAUUUAGAUUUUGAUGCUAAUUCAGUUGAUAUUAUGGAUCAAGAACUUCAUUCUAUAUUAAAAACAUCUAUUCAUACAUUAUCAAUCAAAGGUAAAAAUGUUCGUUUAUUAUUUGAAUUUAAUUGUAUUGUUUUGGCUAUGUUGACAUUAACAAAAAUUCGACGAUUUUUUCUUUCCAUUGAUAUUCAACCAGUUUUUUGUUAUUUUCCAUCAUUAAAUUUAAUUAAACUUGAAUAUUUAACUAUUGAAGGACGAGAUUGUACAUGGAAUAAUGUCAAAGAGAUAUUAAAAUGUGCUACUAAUAUAAUUUAUGUAAAUGUAAGAAUUAUUCAAGAAUUAUCAAAUUCAACUGAAUUAAUAAAUGAUAAACAAUAUAAUUAUAAAUCAUUAACAAAACUUCAUACAUUAAUAUUUGAAUUUAUUAAUGAUUAUAGUUCAAUAACAUUUGAUCAACUUGUAUAUUAUUUUAAUAUUAUGCCCAAUUUACAUAAAUUAGAAAUAAUUUAUACAGCUGGUCAAUAUCGUUCAUAUUUCAACUUGGAAAAUGUUAUUUGA